AUGCCGCAAAUAUAUCGCAAUGCCAAGUUCGUGGCCGCUUAUUUAGGCCCAGAAAAUGGGGAGGAUACUGCACUUAUCUACAAAUUGAUUUCAAACCUGGCUUUGGUGGACUUCGACACUACUCAUCAUCGACCCCAGACAGUUGGCCAGCUGGGGAGCUAUGGCAUUCUGGCCUUUGAGGAUGAAGCAGGGAUCGCGGCACAGAGAUUCUUCUCUCGUCAAUGGUUUCGAAGAGUUUGGAUUGUGCAGGAAUGCGUCCUCGCGAAACGCGUCCAAUUUUACUGGGGACACAGCAGAAUGCUGCCAUUCGAAGUGAUUGGCGGUUUAUUGAACCAGAUUCAUAGAAUUGGUGUGCCGGUCCUUGAGUUUCAUCGAGAAGGUGUUGAUGAGGCUGUCUCUACUAUUUGUCUCAAAGGCAGUCUUUUUGAGGUGCUUGAAGUUUGUCGCGACACCGAGUCUACCCACAGGCGAGACAAAUACUUUGCUCUGCUUGGAAUUUCGAUUGAGUCUCAAGAGACUUCUCUCCAGGCAAACUAUGAAGAAGCGUUUGCCGAAGUAGCAUAUCGUUAUUGCAAGUUCUUCAUGAAAUUAGACAAGGAGUUUAAAUUUCUGUCUAUUGCACAGCCACGCUCUCCAGAUCCACACCUUCCAAUUUGGAUACCAGAUUGGAGCAGGGCAUUCAAAUAUUCACAAUUUAUUGUAGGAAGCAUUUGGACAGAUCUACAGAGAUCUCUCUGUAGAUCUGUCCAAAUUGUGUGUGCCACCUAUCCGGCUAGGGACGCAAUAGAAGACGUUUUAUGGCAGACCAUUACAAUGGAGAGGUUCAAAGAAGGUGGUACUGCCUGCAGCCCUUUUGUCAAUGGUUCUGCCGCUAGUGAGAGCCUAAAGACAUCCCUCAUGUCAGCUCGAAGCCUCUUCAAAGAAGGGUUUCCACGGAUCUGCCGUAGCGAAACAUGGAAUUCUGCCGAGUUUGCUACGAUAGUAAUUGCUGAAAAGUUGAGCGGAUGGAAAUCAUGCAUUUUUAAAAAGAACUAUACUGGCCUGGUCCCAGCAGCAGCGCAUAAGGACGACACAGUUGUUAUAAUUUCGGGCGCAAGAGUUCCUUUUCUCCUUAGACGUGUACCAGAUGUUCUCCCACCAAGAUUCACACUCGUUGGUGAAUGUCACAUCCAUGGUAUUAUGCAAGGAGAGGCGGUCACAUCGAUGGGCCUGACUUGGACGGACAUUACUCUAAUUUAG